AUGGACUCCCGCCCCAACUUCAGUAGGCAUCGCAUAGCUGUUCUCGAGGAGGAGGAUGUCGAGACCUUUGUUGCUUUCUCGGAGUAUGCAUAUACCGGGGAUUAUGUAGUGCCUCAACUGCCGGUGACCCGACAGGAACAUCGGACCAGCGUCGCCGAAGGCGCACAUAGCCCCGGAGGUCAUUCGUGGAGAGGAACCUACCGGUCCAGUUCUAUGUCAUCGGCCAUUCCUCCACCUGCUCCCUCGCCGCCGCCGGAGUCUGUUGAUGGUGGUAGCCAGGUCAAGGCCGAGCCCGAGCCCGAGCCCGAGCCUGCACCCGAGCCCGCACCCGAGCCCGAAGCUCAAUCUGGGACUCAACAUGAGGCAGAGCCAACGCCUGCGAUAAUGGAGAACACGGCUGCUGAGGCCCAAGCAGAGGCUGAAGCUGAAGAUGCAACCGAGGCCGAUGUUGCUGAAAAGGAGGAAGAACAUGCUCGGCCGAAGGAGGAUUCUGGCGAACUGGAAGCCGAGGAGCUCGAGCUGCAACAACAGACGGAAUCGUCGCCUCUUCUUCAGGCAGAUGAGCAUGACAACCCUGAACCAUCGAACGAAACAGAUGAAUGGGCACAGUGGGAUACUACCACCACUGCAACAAAGAAAAGCAAGAAUAAGAAGAAGGACAAGAAGAAGAAGAACUCAACUGAAGUGGAGGAACAUCUUGCAAAUCUGACACCGCCCACUACUCCUCCUGUGCAGGUAGCUGAGUUGGCACCGGAGGAAGCAACAGCAGAGCCUGUCGAGUCCGUCGAUGUCGAGCCAACUGCCGAGCAGAUUACCGGAGAGCCAUCUGAAGAGACUCCUGAAGGGCCAGCUGCGGAGCCAGCUGCAGAAUCCCAAACAACCCCAGAACCUGAGACUGCCAAAACAGAGAGGUGGGAGGAAGCAGCCUGUACGCCCGAUGACGAAAAGCCCUCAAGCGAAGGCUGGGCAGAAACUGCAGACCAAAACACUGUAGAUGAGCCAAUCGAUCCUCCAAAGCCCACGCCAGUGAUCGAUAUGUCUUUCGCCAAGCAACCGGAUUCCUCACCACGGACACCGGGCAUGAGCCUAUGGGACGAGUUCUCAGCACUGCAAUACAACGUCGACGCCCGAAUCACUCCACAACAAAGAGACUUUGCAGAAGACCCGGUCGAGAUUCCCUACCUCACUUUCCAUGCAAAGGUCUACGUCUUUGCCACAAAAUACCUCAUCCCGGCACUAGCGCAAUUGUGUCUGAGGAAACUGCAUCACGACCUUCUGCACCUCUCCUUCGAAGAGUCCACAGACCAAAUGGACCCAUAUCAGGAUACUACGCAGCAGCUCGGCGGCUUGGCGGCGCAACAGGCGCUUCGAGUCCUGGAUCUGAUGCGAUAUGCGUAUACCAAGACAACGCGGCUGGAGCCGAUAUCGCCGACCUUGGCGACGCAACUUCGGGAAAAUGAGCUGCGGAGACUUGUUGUCCAUUAUGCAGCUUGCAAGGUGAAGGAGCUAUCUAGAUAUCACUCGCCUGGUGAUAGCGAGGCCACAUCGCCUUCUCUUUGUCCGGUUGAUGUCCGUGUUGGAGAGCGGAACGACAGCGCGCCGAAAAGCUUGAGGGCUUUGCUGGACUUGACGCCCGAGUUGGCGUCUGAUCUUGUGUAUCGGAUGAUGUGA